AUGGGUCGCGCAGACGCUGGCUCCACAAAGGCUCAAUCAAAUGCCAUCAAGGCCAAGGGCCUCGGCAGGCUUAGGUGGUACUGUCAGGUCUGUGAGAAGCAGUGCCGAGACGAGAACGGCUUCCAAGCGCACUGUAGGUCUGAACCUCAUUUGCGCAAGAUCAUCGCUCUGGGACCCAACGCGGGCUCGACCAUUGCAGAGUUCUCGCGCCAGUUCCAGUACGAGUUUGUCUCGCUCCUCAAGACACGUCACAACACCCAGCGUGUGCGCGCGAACGCCGUGUACAACGAGUACAUUCAGGACAAGCAGCAUGUCCACAUGAACGCGACGCGAUGGGUUACGCUCAACGGCUUUAUCAUGACGCUGGGAAAGGCCGGUACCGUCAAGGUCGACGAGGACGACAAGGGACUGUGGAUCCAGUGGGUCGACAACACGCCUGCGACGUUGGCAAAGCAGGCCGCGCUGCAGAAGAAGGAACGCGCGACGAUGGACGGCGAGGACCGCGAACGCAAGAUGCUCGAGGACCAGAUUGCCCGUGCGCGCGCUGCUGCCGGUGCCGACGACCAGGCGCCGCAGGGCCUCGUGCGUCCCGAGGGCGAAAAGGUGUCGCUCAGUCUGUCGUUCAAGCCCGUGGCUGUCGAGCCCGCGGCCGAGUCCACCGAUGGACCUUCCAACGCCGAGGCUUCGGGAUCAGGAUCAGGAGCGGCGCCUGCUGCCGAGGGGCCAGGUGCUGCAGCUGCCACGCCCAAGAUCUCGUUUGGCGGCUUUUCGUCAUUUGGCAAGACGCCCGUUGCCAACCCGCUCAAGGCCAACCCCCUCAAGCGCCCGGCCGCGGCCAACGUGUUCAAGACCGCAAAGGCACCACGGACGGACGACAGUGACUCGCGUGGCGGUAGUGGCAACAGUGGAUCCAAGGGGUUCAUGAGCGAGGCGGAGCGGCUCAUGAAGGAGGACCAGGCGCGGAGGAACCGCCGUACAGAGGGAGGAUACCAGGGCGCGGGACCGAGGCGCGGCGGAGACGUCAGGCGAUAG